AUGCUCUAUAAAGAAAUCCUUAAAAAGCACAUCAAGAAUAAGGAUAUAAUUUCUACAAGGCUUAACGUCAAGAUGGAAAUUCAAUAUAACCUUGAACAAACUGCAUCGAAUAACAAAAGGCUUUGCUCCCAGGCCGCCGCCCUCCGCCCUAAGGUUCCUAAAAGAAUGUCCAGCAAAUUCCAACGGGAAAAUGAGCUCCCUAAAGGUCUGAAAGUGGGAGUGAUCUCCCCAAUCUACAAGGACGAAAGCUUCCGAAUGGAUACUUAUAUACCGAUAGCACUGGAUAACAGUGACUACAAACUGCACUCAGAAAUUCUAGGUAGAAGACUACGCAAAACACUGGCACUUUGUUUUAAUGGAGAGGCAUAUUUGCUCCAUACCAUCUUAUUUUCUGUGCUCAACAUGGAGUUGGGAUUCAAGGACAAUUGA